AUGGGUCUGACACUCUCGACCUCUCAAAAAUUUGUGUACCGUCGCCUCAAGGACUUUGUCAUAGAACAUGGCCACCCGUUAGACAAAAAAUCUGCUAAAGCACUUGUGAGGUGGCUGGACCGCCAAGGCUGCACCAUAACGGAUAACAUCUCGCUAGAUAAAUGGCAAGCCUUAGGAUAUAAUUUAUGGCGGGACUCUGAUAGAGGCGACAGAUUAGCGAAACAAGCUCUAAUUGCAUGGAGGCUUGUUCUGAUGGUGCUACAGCACCAAAUGAUGAACACGAACAUCAGCCUCCCAGCAGAAGAGAUGAAGGACACCAAAAAGGACACAGACACUGAGGGCGCACAAGAUGGCGAGAGGGAGACAGAAACGGACACCACAUCGCAAGAUGGCGGGAGGGCGCGGAGAAGAAUAACGCGUCGAUCGCAAAAUGGCGUCGAGAAGGAGGGACCCCGAGAUCGCCCAGAAAGAAGGGGGGAGGGUGAAGCACGCGGAAGACCAGCGCGGGAAAAGAAGAGGCGGGCCCCUGUAGUUCCACCCCUUGGGCCGCCUCCCUCUCCUCCCACACGUGGCGCGAGAAGUCCCUCCCCCGACACGCCUCCUACUACGCCCACUUCCACCACUCCCGUCUCCUCCCCCGAUGUGUCGCCCCCCCGGCAAAGACAGGAAGCAGUGGGCGGGGCAAGAGCGAAGGUCAAAUCUUCCUUCCGGAAAGAUGGCCGCGCCCAUAGGCCCCAUAACACCAAGGCCUACCCCGCCUGCCGUGAACCGGACUCUGACUAUGGGUGGGCGCCGCGCUCCCCGGAUAGGCAACCCUCCGUCCCGGAUAUUUGGGAAGCCUUCCGGGAGGAAGCCGCGCGCGCCCAAGAUGUUGAAUUUUUAAAGGUGUUCCCGGUUUAUUACGAGGAAGGGAAACCCCCCGAGUGGCGGCCGGUUUCCUACCCGAUGUUAAAAGACAUUAAAAAAGCAAUUGUCGAAUACGGGUUGGGAGCCCCUCUCACGAUCGGCCUAUUGGAAUCCUUUUUCCUCGCGUACACCCUCAUCCCAUAUGACAUCCAGGCAGUCAUAGGAGGGUUGUUUACCACCGUUCAAGCCUCGGUAUUCGAGGCUGAAUGGAAGAAAAGGAUCGUAGCUUUUGUUAACGAAAAAAUGGAAAGAAGGGGGAUUCCAAUUAGGCAAGCCAUUGACAUGCUUUAUGGGGAAGGGAACUACUCCAGCAGAGGGGAUCAGACAAGAUUAGACCCCAAAUUGUUGAACGUAACGAAAGAAUUGGCUUUAGAAGCGGUAAAAAGAGUGGCGGACGCGUACGUGCAGGCGCCCUCUUUUACGCUUAUUAAUCAGGGCAUUAAAGAGCCAUUUGUUGAUUUUAUUACUAGGCUCAAGGAAGCGAUAGCUCGGCAGGUACACCAAAAAGAAAGUCAGGAGAUUCUAUUUAAUAAAUUGGUUAUUGAAAAAGCGAACGAAGACUGCCAGAGGGUUUUAAAGAUGCUUAAAGAUCCCACUUUGCUGGAGAUGAUAGAAGCAUGCAAAAAUGUUGGUUCCAAUGCCCAUAAGGCACGUAUAAUGGCUGCAGCUUUCUCGGGCCCCCAACAUUGUUUUGAGUGUGGAGAAAAAGGACAUUAUAGGAAGCACUGCCCUAAGUUCAAAUCUGAGCCUAACUUACCGAACACCUUGUGUCGCAGGUGUGGAAAGGGUCGCCAUUGGACCUCAAGCUGCAGAUCCGUAACCAACAUCAAUGGCGAACCCCUUUCCCCCAAGCGAUCGCCUAGGCUCAGAAAGCGAGUUACCUUCUCAUCAAUGCCGGACCUUAGGCAGUGUCCAUGUGAGCAGUCGGGAAACGGGGAGCUGAGCGCCCGGGGGGGCACAAUGACACAAGUUGCCCCCCACUCCAUCUUGCGUCAACCACCACGCCCAGCUACCCCGUAA